AUGAGUGUCGUCGGUGUCGAUUUCGGUUCCCUCAACACCGUCGUCGCCGUCGCGAGGAAUCGGGGUGUCGAUGUGAUUACCAAUGAAGUCUCCAACCGGGCAACUCCGUCCCUCGUCGGCUUCGGACCCAAGUCUCGCUACCUCGGCGAGUCCGCAAAGACACAAGAGAUCUCCAACCUCAAGAACACCGUCGGAAGCCUAAAGCGUCUUAUCGGACGCUCGCUCAAGGAUCCUGAUGUCCAGAUUGAGCAGAAGUACGUGUCGGCGCAAUUGGUCGAGAUCAAUGGCCAGGUCGGCGCCGAGGUUCAGUACCUCGGCCAGAAGGAGCAGUUUACCGCGACACAAUUGGCUGCCAUGUUCUUCAGCAAGAUCAGACAGACUACCGCCGCCGAGAUCAAGCUUCCCGUACAAGAGCUCGUCAUGAGCGUGCCCACAUGGUUCACCGACGCCCAACGCCGCGCCAUCAUCGAUGCUGCCGAGAUCGCCGGCCUUAGGCUGCUCCGCCUCAUCAACGACACAACUGCCGCCGCCCUCGGCUACGGUAUCACCAAGCUGGACUUGCCUGCUGCCGACGAGAAACCCCGCCGUGUCGCCUUUGUCGACGUUGGUUACAGUGACUACAGCUGCUCCAUCGUCGAGUUCAAGAAGGGAGAGCUCGCUGUCAAGGGCAAUGCCUACGACCGCCACCUUGGUGGCCGCGACUUCGACCGCGCCCUUGUCGAGCACCUGCAGAAGGAGUUCCUUGGCAAGUAUAAGAUCGACAUCUUCAGCAACCCCAAGGCUCUGACCCGCGUCUACGCCGCCGCCGAGAAGCUCAAGAAGGUGCUGUCUGCCAACCAGCAAGCGCCCCUGAACAUCGAGUCGCUCAUGAACGACAUCGAUGUCCGUGCUAUGAUUACGCGCCAGGAAUUCGAGGCCAUGACCGAGCCCCUGAUCAGCCGCAUCGAUGUCAUCCUGGAGCAGGCCCUUACUGAGGCCAAGCUCAACAAGGAGGACAUCGACAUCAUCGAGGUCGUUGGCGGUGGCAGCCGUGUGCCCGCCAUCAAGGAGCGCAUCCAGGGCUUUUUCAACAAGCCCCUCUCCUUCACCUUGAACCAGGACGAAGCCAUCGCCCGCGGCUGUGCCUUCAGCUGCGCCAUCCUAUCCCCCAUCUUCAAGGUCCGCGAUUUCGCCAUCCAGGACAUCAUCAACUACCCGAUCGAGUUCGCCUGGGAGAAGGAUGCCGACAUUCCGGACGAGGACACCAGCCUCACUGUCUUUAACAAGGGCAAUGUGAUGCCCUCCACCAAGAUCCUCACCUUCUACCGCAAGCAGGCCUUCGACCUGGAAGCUAGGUACGCCAAGCCCGAGGGUCUUCCCGGAAAGGCCUCUCCUUUCAUCGGCCGCUUCUCCGUCAAGGGAGUCAAGGCGACCGGCGGCCCGGAGGAUUUCAUGAUCUGCAAGCUCAAGGCCCGCGUCAACAUCCACGGUGUCUUGAAUGUCGAGAGCGGCUACUACGUCGAAGACCAGGAGGUGGAGGAGGAGAUCAAGGAGGAGGGUGAUAAGAAGGACGGCGAUAUGGGCGCCGGCGAACAGGAGGAGACUUCCAAUAGGGAACCGAAACGUCGCAAGACCACGGCGCCUGUUUCUGGCGAACCCGAGGCUGUGGCAACUGGUGAAGAUACAAAGAACAACGAGCUGACCAAUGAUUUAUCGCACAAGGCCAUGGACACAGACGCCAAAGACGAGAAGCCCAAGACUCGGAAAGUCAAGAAGCAAGUCCGCAAGGGCGAACUGCCCAUCGUCAGUGCCACCCACUCCCUCGAAAUCGCUACCAAGAACGCCGUGUCGGAGAGGGAAGCCGCCAUGGUCAUGGAGGACAAGCUGGUCGCCGACACCGAGGAGAAGAAGAAUGAGCUUGAGACGUACAUCUACGACCUCCGUAACAAGCUGGACGACCAAUACGCCGAGUUCGCCAGUGACGAGGAGAAGGAGAAGAUCCGCGAGAAGCUUUCAGCAUCCGAGGACUGGCUCUACGACGAGGGCGACGACACCACCAAGGCUGUCUACGUUGCCAAGAUGGACGAGAUCCGCGCUCUGGCCGGCCCCGUCGUCCAGCGCCACUUCGACAAGGUCGAGGCCGACCGCCAGGCGCUCAUGGCCAAGCUGGAGGCUGAGCGGGCGAAGAAGGCCGCCGAGGCAGAAGCCCGCAAGGCUGCCGAGAGCGACAAGUCCCAAGACGGCGCUAAGGACGAGGAAAUGACGGAUGCUGACGCAACCAAGCCCGACGUUGAGGAGGCUGGCGACCCGUAA